AUGCUCUUCCCUUCUGACGUGCCAGUAUGGCUUCUAAUCCUCGCUACUUGCCUGCUACUCGCACCGAUCGCACUGUCCCUCACCCGAACCCUCACCUCCCCCCUCAACGCCAUCCCAGGCCCCUGGCCCAACCGCCUCAGCCCCAUCCCCUACUUUUACAACUCCGCCUUCCUCCUCCGCCAAGCCCAAUACCUCACCUCCCUACACUUAACCCACGGCCCCAUCGUGCGCCUCGGCCCCAACGAGAUCGGCCUCUCCUCCCUCGAAGACAUCAAAGCGGUCCACAAGAUCGGCGCUGGGUUCGCGAAGGCGCCGUGGUAUGAUUAUAUCGCUAUGACGGAGGCGGAUAGGGGCCCGCCGGGGUUGUUCCAGAUGAGGGAUUUCCAUGAGCAUGCCGGGAGGAGGAAGUUGCUUGCGAGGGGGUUUGCGGUGAGUGGGUUGAGGGGGGCGUGGGAGGGGAUGGUUAGGGAGAAGGCACGGAAAGCUGUUGAGGGGAUUGGGAGGGAUGCUGUGGAUGGGCGAGGGAGGGUGGUGGAUGUGAGGAGGUGGUGGAUGAUUAUGGCGAGUGAUGUGAUUUCGGAGGUGGCGUUUGGGAAGUCGUUUGGGGGGUUGGAGACGGGGGAGAACAGCACCUUCUCCGACGCCAUCCUCCGCAGCAACAAAAUCAACAUGCUCGCCCUCAUGCUCCCCUGGGUCUACAACCUCGCAACGCACAUCCCCAUCCCCGCCUGGACGCCCUACUUCAAAGCGCACGUGGAGCUGGCAGACAUCGCCUCCGUAGCGGUGAGAAACAGCCGCGCAGAUGCCACGGACCGCAACAUCUUCUCGAGCAUCCUAUCGCAAGGCGAGAAGGCCAACGACGAAGGAACCCUCACCGACCAGCAGAUCCUGAUCGAAGCGGGGAAUCUCAUCUCAGCGGGCAGUGACACCACGGCGGAGACGUUGACGUAUUUGGUCUGGGCUGUGCUGUCGCAUCCAGAAACCCAGAAGCUGCUCGAGGAGGAGGUGGCUCUUGUUGAGGAACCCAUGCGGGAUAGCGAACUGGAGAAACUCCCCGUCCUGAACGCCGUCAUCCAGGAGACGCUGAGACUCUAUCCCGCUUCGCCGUUCCCUGAGCCUCGAGUCGUUCCUAAGGGAGGUGCGACGUUUCAGGGGUACUUCUUACCGGAGGGGACGGUCGUGUCGACGAGCCCUUGGGUGACGCAGCGGAAUGCAGAGUUCUUUCCGGAUCCUGAGAGAUUCGACUACACCCGCUGGCUGCCCAACGGCCCAGCAACCAACUCAGAAACCUCCAAAGCAGCCUGGUGGCCUUUUGGCGCUGGGUCGAGGGUCUGCAUUGGUCGACAUCUCGCCAUGAUGGAGAUACGAAUGGCUGCGACGCUCUUCUUCCGUGAAUAUAGGGGUGCGAAAUUGGCCCCUGAGACGACCGAGGAGAGCAUGGCGGUGAAUAAUUUUGUCAUUUCGCAUCCGGCUGGAGGGGCUUGUUGGGUUGUGUUGCCUGAGAGGAAGGCGUAG